AUGAAGUUGGGACCAUCUCUUCUUCUUGCGCCAAGCCUUCUCAGCAUCAACAGUUUUGAUGAUGGAGUGAAAAAGAUAUAUCAGGGGGGUUUCCCGAAGCCUGAAUUCUACUUCCAUGGUUUUGCUAUCUAUAACACAGAGAACAUUUUCACAUUUGAAGACAACGCCGAACACUCCGCCCGCAAAAGAAUGAUCUCCAAUACUUUCUCCAAAUCUUUCAUCACCUCGUCUCCGACCGCACGUGCAGCCACUCGAGAUGUCUUGUUUGGGAGAUAUCUGCCUAUUAUUCGAAAAGCCGCUCGUGAAGACAAGCCUGUCGAGGUCCUUGGAAUGAAUUAUUCAUACUCAAUGGAUACUUUCGUUCAAUUUCAAUUCGGCCGUUCCUUGGGUAGUAAUUUCAUCGAGGAUCACAAAGAGCGGAAGCUAUACCUCGACGGAUUUUUCGCACCUUAUCCGUUCCUCUUUUGGCAGUACUAUUUCCCAAGACUGGCAAACUUCCUUCGCAAGGUUGGAAUUUACUUGAUUCCCCGAUCUGUUGACAAGAAAUUCGGCCUUGCCGAAGACUGGAAUCUCCAAAAAUGCGACAGUGCCCAACAGCUCCUUGAAAACUCCCAGACCAUUCACAGCGAUGACCAGCCUGUUAUCUUCCAGCAAGCCCUCAAGGAAAUGAGCAGUCCCCAUGGUAGCAAAGGCGCAUAUCCACAGAGGAUGCAGAUCGCAAGCGACAUGUUUGCCCACAGCUCAGCUGCAUUUGAGACGAGCGGUAACACCGAAACAUAUUUAUUCUAUGAGAUGUGCCGUAACCCCGAGUGGCAGACGAAGCUUCGUGAGGAACUUCGUGGUGUAAAGCUUCCGCAACAAGAUGACUUGAAAAGAAAAGUCGAAAUCGGCGACAUUACCGAGCCAAAAGAGAUUGAUGCACUCCCAAUUUUGAAUGCGGUAAUUAUAGAGACACUUCGUCUCUGGCCUGCAGUACCUGGCGGACAGCCUAGAGUGGUCCCCAAGCCUUGCUCCCUUGGAGGAUACUCCGAUAUCCCAGCAGGCACCAUUGUUCAAUCAUAUGCAUACGUACUUCAUCGGACUCCUGAAGUUUUCCCGGACCCUGCCCAAUGGAAGCCUCAGCGUUGGCUCGAUGCUUCACCUGAAGAACUCGCAAAUAUGAAGCGAUGGUUUUGGGCAUUCAGUAGUGGGCCAAGGAUGUGUAUUGGUUCCAAUUUUGCAUAUUACUCGAUGAAAUAUUUGGUUGCUGCAGUUUACUCCCAUUUUACCACGACUAUCCAUGUGCACGGUGAUAUGGAGCUGCUCGACUUUUACCUCGCAGGACCGAAAGGUCAUCGGCUAGAGAUUAAAUUUCAUGCAGUGCCUUAUGCUGGCGGCACUUCGGCUUGA